CCGAAGAUGACCCACUUUUGGGGUUUUUUCGCAUUCAACUAAAAGAAUUUUUUUCUAAUUGGAAAAAAGGAAAAACACACAUAGAAGCAAAUGUGACCAAUUGAGAAAAAGUGAAAAUUAUUGUGUAAAAUAAUUCAUUUGUAUAUUUAGUGAAGUCGUAGAUGAAACAAAAAGAAAGUUUACAAGUUUAGAAAAAAAGUGAUAUACAAGUGUGAAAAAAGUAGAAACGAGAAAAAACCGUAAAAUAUUUAAAGGAAAUUUAGUCUACACACAGAAGAUUUGAAGAAGAAAAAGUGCAAAAUUCACAAAAAGCUCCAUAAAUGAGUGGUGUCUAGUUAGUUAAUAGUUUUUUUUUCUUCGUUCCUCGUCACAAUUGAGGUUUAUGGCCCCACCAUAACGGGAAUAUUGGCACACUUGCUUGGAUGGAUUUUUUUUCGUACGUUCGUUCGUUCGUUUGUCGGUUGGUUGGGUUCCCAAUAAAAUACGCGUGUGUGUAUAUGCCACAGUAGCUGCUGGUAAAUGAUUCAAGUAUGGAACGGAAACGAGGCGGAGCAGCAGAACAUUUAUUGUAGUACGGAUUUUGAAGGCGCUUGGUAUACUGAUUUUCGUUGGGAGACAGCAGAAUGAACGAAUUCCAGUGAUUACAAAAAAAGGAAUGGUGUGUGAAAAUCUGCAAAUUCCAGAAUGAAAUCUUAAGAAAAGCUCCAAGCAGAACUCAAAAGUUUGCUAAACAAUUUAUAAGUGUCCAGUGAAUGUGAAAUAAAAUUCCACAGUCUCCACUCUCUUUCUUUGCGGAUGUGUAUAUUGUUCUGUAGAUAAAUUAAUAAAACAAAAGAAGCAGCAACAACAAAAAUAUAUCCAAACAAAUUUUAAGCAAACCUCCAAUAUCCAGUAGUUAGUAGUCCAAAACAAAGCUAAGAAAUACAAAAAAUAAUUGCAUUUAUAGUAUUAAAUGUAACCUAUAAAAAAGAAUACAACAAAAAGAAGAGGAAGCAGCAGCAUAUUCAUUAAAAUUUAAAUAAAAAUAUCUAGUGUAAAGCAAAAUAAUUAAGUUCGACAAAAUCUCGCCUGUGUGUCUCAAGAGAAAGGAGUAAUUUGUCAAAAAUUUAAAAAUGUCGUAAAACAUAAGCUGAAAAAAAUCAUUUAGUUGUUUUUUGAAAAGCAUAUCGAUAAAAGUGUAAAAACUAAGAAGAAGAAGAAGCAAAGCAGAGUAGAACCAAUUCCUUCUCUAACAGGAAAAAAGUAUUACACCAACAUUUCCACACAAUCUCUUCUCCAAACGAAACCAAAAAAUAAAAGAAAAGGAACACCAAUACACACACUCUCACAAAUGCACCAUUCCGUCUCCCACUUUCUCUCACACACACAUUCACAGACACCAGCGAGAAAAUCAUUCUCUUUCCCAUACACACCGAAACUUGGAAAAAUAUAUGCAAACUCUUUGCCACACAUGGUCUUGCUCAUCACCAUCCAUUGACAGCAGCAGCAACGAGAAGAGAGUCAACAAGAACAACAACAUGUCAACAUGCUCGAUUGUCGUCUGUCGUUUGUAUUGGACACGCAUACUCGUCUAGUGUUACGACGACGGCUGCUACUGUUAUUGAAAACAACCUAAGACAGUGUUGCAUUUCUUCGUGUGCUCACUUGUCCGUUCGUUCGCUCGUGUAGUCGUGUGCUUGCCUGUGUUUUUGCGUUCACAAAUGUCGUUGACAUUUUUUUGUCAUUAUUCAACACCACCGCGCAUAACUAAACUACUGUCAUCCAACGUCAAAUGAACAAAAAAACAACACGAAUUGUCAACAGUUCGAAAAAAUAGAAAACAAUAAUAACAACCCCACAAGUUAAGCAAACCAAAACAACAACAAUAAGAAAACAACAAAAGGAAGAAACAUCACCAACAAACACGCAGCACGCUCUCUCCGACAAUCGAGGGAACUCCCCCUUAGAAUAUAGACCACAUCUACACACACACAUCCAUACACAAUUAACUAAGGACAACUCUCCAACUGGCAUUUGUAGCAGAUUCAUAUCUGCUCAGAGAAUGCCAUAUGAAAGAAUGCACCACACACAACUGCAUCAGACGACAACCGGUAACGGUAUGAUGGACUCGUUAAGCCUGCAAUUACGAGAUGCGGAAACGCGUCGUGCGGAAAUCGAGAGAGCACAUCAGGAAACCUUGGCACAAAUUCGUACACUAAGCUCCUCGGGCAGUCGUCAGGAUAUCGAAGCCAUAGAAAAUUUACAAUCUCGUGCCAGAGAAUUGGAGAAAAAGGCUGCUUUGGAAAAUGUCCGGUGCGAAGAACUGCAAAUUGAAUUAUCCGCUGCCAUGAAAACCAAAUCUGCCCGGUCCAGCAAUGAGGCAGAUCUUCACAACAUGGCCGAGAUGCGUAACGCCGCCGAAAUGAGAAAUUUAAAUGAAAUGCGUAACAUUCAAGAGAUGCGCAACAAUGCAGCGGCCGCCGCUGCUGCUGCCAACGCCGCCUCCAACAUGAGAAAUAUGUCUGAUAUGCGAAAUGCGGCCGAAUUGCGAAACAUGACCGCCUCGGAUAUGCGCAGUCUAACCGAAAUGCGAAACAUGUCAGAAAUGCGUCAAAUGGAUAUGCGAAAUGCCGCCUCAGAUAUGCGCAGCGCUGCUUCGGAUAUGCGCAAUGCCACAUCGGAUAUGCGCAACAUGUCAGAUAUGCGUUCGACAAUUGGCGGCGGUGUUUCGUCGAGUGCGCCACCUGUGUCGUCGGGCACCACCACCUCCGUGACCUGGGCGCCAACGAUCGGUCGUGAAGAUCAGGGUUCAGAGAUCGAUAUCAUAAUGGCUAAAAUUGAACAGGAUAAUCGAGUUUUGGCCGAACUAGAACAUCCCCGGACAUCAGCAGCAUUAUCAGCCAUGCCAUCAAGUUCCAUAUUGAAUACAAAUAGCGAAUUUAAAACCAUAUCAAAAACAGAACUUGAAGAAGAACUGAAUCGUUAUAAGAGAGCUGUAUUGGGUGGCACGUCCGGCGUAACGGCCGGCACAAUUGGUAGCGGUGCUUUAACUGGCUAUUCAUCGGCCCUUACCUCAAGUCUACCCAAUGGCAGUAGUGCACCCGGCGGUGUUGUAUCCAGCCUAUCGGCAACUACGGCACACGCUCCGGGCACUGGUCUAACAUCCAUAUCGGCUUUAGUGCCAAACUCAAUCGGUGGCAUUUCCUCGAGCAUGAGCAGUCAUGCCAUAACGGCUGCCGCUGCAUCGGCGGCAUAUGGCGCCGGACAUGCGGGUACCUCGACGGUGGACAAGCUGUUGAGUGGAACAAGUGGAAUCACUGGCAUUCCACCAUUGCCGGUAAAUAUUCAUACGAUGAAGUCUAUGCCAUCAGCAUUAAGUCAGAGCACAACUAUGCCUAUACUCUCGCUGAACUCGCAUAACUUACCCACGGGCACCAACAGCUACUCAGCCCUGGGGCUGAGUGGUACCGGCCCCACCGCAGGCCUGCCGCCAUUGGGUGCCUCUCUGACGCAUCCCUCAAUACCCGGCCUGGAUACGAGCGCUCUGCUGGGUACCAGCGGCUUAACUGGUCUCGGUACUGGUCUGGCUGGCACAUCUUCGCUUUAUGGUCUUGGCAGCGGCGUCAGUGGGUUGGCUCCCGGUUUGCAGAACACCUUUGGUCCACCGCCUUCAUUUCUCGAUGUUGCCUCGUCCGCAUCAUAUCCCUUUACAUCGGUUGCCCUGCGCAAUGCUACCAAAAUGAAAAUGCUGGAAGAGAUCGAUAUACCGUUGACACGUUACGGCAAUCGUAGUUCGCCUUGCUCACCGAUACCACCUAAUACCUGGGGCUUGGAUGAAUUCCAGGACAGUCUGAUGCACAGUCGAAGUGGUUUAGCUUUAGCGCCAUUGGAUUUAGAAACUCGCAAUCAUAAUUUGAACAAUGGCAUCAGUGAACCUCAAGUGGAUAUGUUGGAUAUACCUGGCAAGGGACGUUGUUGUGUAUUCAUAGCCCGUUUUCCAUAUGAUCCACCAGAGGAUGCCGAAGGUGAACUCUCAUUAUGUGCUGGCGACUAUCUGCUUGUUUGGACCAGUGGUGAGCCACAAGGUGGAUACCUUGAUGCUGAGUUGUUGGACGGUAGACGAGGCCUGGUGCCUGCUUCAUUUGUACAGCGUUUAAUAGGCGACGAUCUCUUAGAAUUCCAUCAAGCUGUGCUGUCCACUUUGCGUGAUGCCGAAGACGGUUCCAUGCAAUGUGAUUCAACGUCAUUGCCCUCAUUGCCACCACACAAUCCAUUGCUCACCCACACCCAAGAGGAUUUGGCCAGGUUAAGCGAAUCCCAUACAGAUUUGGAACAUGAUCAGGAUGACAUAAGUGAUAAUGUACCAGCCCCAAAACAUUUAACCCUGGAACGGCAACUGAAUAAAAGUGUACUGAUCGGCUGGUCGCCACCCGAACCCUGUGGCUAUAAUCUCAUCGAUAGCUAUCAUGUCUAUGUGGAUGGUGUGCUUAAAGUAACCGUCAAAGCUAAUGAACGCACACGUGCUCUUAUAGAGGGCGUGGAUUCGAAUCGGCCUCAUCGCAUCAGUGUCCGCAGUGUCACACAAAAUCGCCAGCAAUCCCGUGAUGCCGCCUGUACAAUGAUCAUCGGUCGUGAUACCUCACAUUUGGGUCCAUCAUCGGUUCGUGCUACACACAUAACGUGUUCAUCGGCUGUCAUAACAUGGCUGCCAGCCAACUCCAAUCACCAGCAUGUCGUCUGUGUAAAUAAUGUCGAAGUGCGAACUGUUAAACCGGGUGUCUAUCGUCAUACCAUAACCGGUUUGGCUCCCAGUACACAGUAUCGAGUUACGGUCAGGGCAAAACAUUUGCGCGCUCCCGGUGGCUCGCAGCCAGGACAGGGACGUCCACAAGAAGAAGCUCCUGGAGCCUAUGCCGAUUUCCGUACAUUAACCAAGGGGUUACCGGAUCCACCACAGGAAAUUCAACUUGAGGCUGGUCCUCAAGAUGGUACCAUUCUAGUGACAUGGCAGCCAGUUAAUAGGCCCACAUCAUCGGGGCCUGUAACCGGCUAUUCUGUGUACGCUGAUGGUAAAAAGGUAACCGAUAUCAAUUCACCCACGGGUGAUCAUGCUCUGAUAGACAUUGGUAAAUUGGGUACAUUCAAUCCAAGAGCCGUGACUAUACGAACGAAAUCGCGUGACUCACAAUCGGCCGACAGUGCACCCAUACUAAUACCAAAUUCUGUACGAAAUGCAGUGGGCAGAAGGGGACCAAAUCAAAUGGGCAUGGGUAUGGGUCCACAAUUACCCCAGGGGCCACAUGGUCAAAUGAGUAUGCAGCAGCAAAUGAUGGGCCAGGAUCCAAAUCAAUACGAUCCCAAUCAAAUGCAUCCACAACAACAGCAACAAGGGAUGCAACAGCAAGGAAUGCAGCAACCCGGCCAACAACAGCCAGGACAACAAGGUCAAGCGGGUUACCCACCGGGCCAGCAGCAGCAACGCAUGAUGCGGCCACAAGGACCUCAGGGUAUGCAGCAGCAGCAACAGCAACAACAACCGUAUGGACCUCAAGGCCCCAUGGGUCCACAGCAGCGUUUCCCCGGCCAACGAGGACCUGCCCCUCCGGGUCAAAUGCAACCUGGUGGACCCAUGCAGCAGCAAGGCAUGAUGCCAGGUCAAAUGCCUGGGCAAAUGCAACAGCCCGGCAUGCAAGGUGGCCAAAUGCAGGGUGCUAUGGGCCUUCGAGGUCCGCUCAACCAACAACAGCAGCAGCAGCAACAACAACAACAGCAAAUGCAACAGCAGCAACAAAUGCAGCAGGGCCAGCACAUGCAACAGGGCCAACAAAUGAUGCCCGGCCAACAGGGUCUCACGCCCCAACAACAGCAGCAACAACAAAUGGCCGGACAGAAAAAGCCACGCUAUUUCGUUGCUAUGUUCGACUAUGAUCCAAGCACAAUGAGUCCCAAUCCAGAUGGAUGUGACGAAGAACUGCCAUUCCAAGAGGGUGAUACAAUAAAGGUGUAUGGCGACAAGGAUGCUGACGGCUUUUAUUGGGGCGAGCUGCGCGGUCGUCGCGGUUAUGUUCCCCACAAUAUGGUGACGGAGGUUGAUGAUGGCACCGGCCAAAUGGGUCAAAUGCCUCAACAACCUGGCGGCACUGCACAAGUUAUGCCCGGUCAGGUGGGCACACAACAAAGUAUGCGCAAUGUUAGUCGCGACCGUUGGGGUGACAUAUAUGCGAAUAUGCCGGUCAAACGGAUGAUCGCCCUCUACGACUAUGAUCCGCAAGAGUUAAGUCCGAAUGUGGAUGCGGAACAAGUGGAAUUAAGUUUCAAAACGGGUGAAAUCAUACUUGUGUAUGGUGAUAUGGAUGAAGAUGGUUUCUAUAUGGGCGAAUUGGAUGGUGUUCGUGGCCUUGUGCCAUCGAAUUUCUUAGCCGAGGCGCCCGACACAUAUAGUAAUCAAAUGAUGCAAGGUGGUGGCCCUGCAGGACGCGGUGGCUUGGCCAGUCAAAGGGGCAGAGGUCAAGGGCCGGGUGCUAGAGGACCUCCACCACCGCCGCGCGACAACAUGAUGCCUGGUAUGGCUGGGCCACGUGGUCCCCAAGGAAAGAAUGCUCGCCCUGCUUCCCCUACACUGUUAGACAACACGGGCCACCCUGCCCCCGAUCACCAAACGCAGGGGAUGAUCGGUCGCGCUGGUAAUGUUGUUGGCGGAAUGCAACAACAACAGCAACCAUAUGGUCAGCAACAACAGCAGUCACAACAACAACUACAGCAACAGCAGCAAAUGGGUGGCAUGGGGCAAAUGGGUCAGCAGGGCAUGAUGGGUCAACAGCAAGGCAUGAUGGGCCAACAGCCGGGCAUGGGACAACAGCCUGGCAUGGGUCAACAGGGCAUGAUGGGCCAACAACCGGGCAUGGGACAACAACAGCAGGGCCAACAAAUGGGCCAGAUGGGGCAAAUGGGCAUGCAGCAGGGUCAACAGCCUGGCAUGCCCGGCCAGCAGCAGAUGGGACAAAUGGGUCAGAUGGGCAUGAUGGGCCAACAACAACAGCCGCAGCAACAACAACCUCCCCCCGUAUCACAACCCUCAGGCGGUUUAUUAUCCGGAGCAACUAGCUUACUCUCGGGUGCUACUUCGGCUGCCACCGGUGGUCUAUUUGGUUCGAAACAACCACCGAAACAAGAUCCAAUGCAACCACCAGGUGGUGCGCAGCCAACGCAGCAAGCUUCAACCGGCCUGGGGGGAUUGUUCGGCGGCGGCGCCCAACAACAACAGCAGCAGCAGCAACAACAACAGCCACAGCAGCAGCAACAACAACCACAAGUGCCACCUCAAGGUCAACAGCCACCACCGCAAGGUCAAGGACCCGGUGCCGGUCUGCUGGGCGGUCUCAAAGGUAUCGCAGCAGCGGCGCCGGGCGGUGAAGUGCUGUCGAAAGGUAAAGAUCUCUUUGGCAAGUUCGGCUUCGGUUUUGGUAAAUAACCCCGGUCAUAUUAUAGGUCGUUUUUAUAUAUAUUAUUAAAUUAAUACUUAAUAAUUAAUAAUAUAAUUAUAACAAUAAUAUUAAAUUACUAUAAAUUAUAGAAAGAAAAACAAAUUAAAAAAAAAAAACAAAUACCAAAAAAGACAAGAACAAGAAAAAAUCUUACAAAAAAAUUAUGCAUUCACAAUAAAACAAAUUUUUAAAAAGUAAAACCAAAUAAGAAAACGAAUUAAAAUCCCAAAAAAAGAAGAAACAUGGAUGCAGUUUUUUACAGCACACGUACGCGGAACAUGAUGUUAAGUGCUUCGAAGGCAAUGCCCUCGUUUCGAAAAUGUUUCGAUGCAA